GCACGCACCUUGCGCAAGGAGGACACUUUCAAUUUUCUUGUAUCCUCAUGCAUACAGGGAGACGAUUCGCGCGUAUUCUGAAGGGUACACUUGAGAACGAAGCAAACACAGAUCAAUCAGCUACAAGAGAUUUUCAAAUCACCCAUGGAAGCGUCGAGAACGAAUGAUGACCUAUUGUCGCGCUAGGAAGCGAGCUUGUAGUAAAGUUGAAGCCAAACGAACGUCACGAUAACGGACAAGCGUUUUCAACGCUUAAAGGACACGUUUGAAGUGGACUUGCACGAGAGAAGGGAUUAACAUUCUUUUGAUUGUUACCCGCGAUAUGCCGUUGAACGGUAAAUACGCGACACGACAGAAAAACGGCGUCAAGAAGGAGAGCGAGAUGAUGGAAAUGGUGAGCCGCGAGAGAAGUCAAUACACAAGCAUCAUCAAUUCCAAACGAGUGCGCGGCACAUGCAGCCUAACGAUGGCCGCGCUCUUCGUAAUAUCCAUGAUACUCGUUGUGGUGGGAGUCUCUCUCAUCAUCGUAUCGUCCUCCAAACAAAGCCCCUGCACACUGGAGCACGAAGAGAAGUUGCAGUUUUGCAGCCUGUCCAAAGAAGCGCGGCGCUCCGGUUUCGCCGCGGUCUUGAUGAAAAUCCAAAAGGAAUAUUUCCGAUUGCAUCGCCACCAGUCCUAUCACGACCCAGUCAUGAAAUACAUCAACGAUGACUCGGUGAUGCGAGGCAUAUACGAACCGUUCAAUCCGAGACCGUCGUAUCUCAAGAAGAUCACCGACAAAGCCAUGGAAAUGUUAGCGACGCUGGAAUCGCUGAACGUGAACGAGAACCAUUUGAAACUCAGGGAGCGCAAAGCUCUUAUUCAGGCCAAAGACUAUCUGAAGCACAUUUUCGGCCAACCGUACGACGUGAACUAUUACUUCGGUGACUGGAUGCUGGGACCGAACCAUUUUUGUUGGCAGCCGAUUUGCGAAGUCGGAAAGGAUAUUUUCUUUCAUUUGGAUUAUUAUCAACCGCACAACCUGGAAGAUGUGAAAAAAUUACGGGAAAAAUUGAAAGAGCACAGAGACGCCAUAUACCAGUACAUUGCGAACAUGAAGGAAGGCGUCAAGAGAGGAAUGGUGCGCUCCGUUGAAGAUUGCAAAGUCGGAGUUGAUGCUGUUAAACAUGCGUUUCUAGAUAUUUCCCUGCAUGGCGAAUCAGGCGUGCUAAGCAGUUGGUUCAUGAAGUUCGUGGUCGCUCCCGACUUCCUGAAGAAUAUCACGGAGAAAGAGAACUUGCAAUGGAGAAGCGAAACGGGAGAAUAUGUGAACACGUCCGUUUCAAGAUAUUACGUCGAACUUGUCGGCAAGCCCAUCGCUGACUUUAUAAAAUACCUGGAUCACAGCCGUCACUGCAUACCAUCCUCCGUUUCCAAUGGUCUCUCAGACAUGCCGCAGGACUAUAUAUACCUGGACGGCAAGCGAACCGAACAGAAAACGAACAAGACACUUCCAACGGGUGAAGUGAUAAAUAGUAGCAAGAUCUACGAGCACAGCCUGUCCUAUUUCACAACGAUGUCACUGAAACCCAAACAGAUUUACGACUUAGGCUACCAACAAGUUGAAAAGCUCUAUCCACAGGUUGUUGAAAUUGCAAAAAACAUAACAGGAAUUGCGAACGAAACGGAGGCAGUGAGGAAGUUUCGCGAAAAACUCGCUGAUCGCUCCAACUAUUUUAAUGACGAGCCGUUCCCUAGCAACGAGUCGGAUGAUAAUGCACACAAACGAUGCAGUAACAUUAAAGACGCAAGAAAAUACUGCCCCAAGCGUUGGGAGGCUGCAGAAAAAUGGUGGGCGGCAGCGAGAAUGGCAAUGAGUCUUAUCGACUCGAAAACUGUAAACAUGUUCUACUUCACGGGAAAGAAACACACAACGCCGAAUUGCCCAGUUGAAUUACUUCCCGAUCUGAUUCCGUCAAGCGGUGCUCAAAGUUAUGUUGAAAGCGACAGCAAAUGCACCAACGGUGCUGCCUACAACAUCCCAUUCUUUUUGAACAACGCCGGUCCGCGAUUCUCCGAGUGGUCUGUGAACGCACACGAAGCGAGGCCUGGUCACCAUACACAGGUUCAGGGGAGCAUAGAGCAUUUCAAAGACUACUGCGAUGAUACGAUCAGUUGGCUCCAUUCCACUACGUAUCACACGGCGCUCAUCGAAGGCUGGGCGUUGUACGCGGAAAAUCCUCUCGUCUCUGAAACGGACAUCUAUGACGAUAAUCUUAUGCAAAAGUACGGCAUGCUGAAGUGGCAGAUUUGGAGAGCACUUCGGUUGAUCCUCGACUCCGGAAUCCACACGAGAAGUUUAACGCGUCAAAAAGCUUUGCAACUUCUCGACAAAUACGCAUGGGAUAGCACGGACAUUGCGCGCAAGGAGGUGACGCGUUACCAGAGCGUCUUUGGCCAGGCUACCGCGUACACCGUGGGACAACUGGGGAUAACACAACUGCGCGAGGCGGCGCGUCAAAAACUCGGAAAGAAAUUCAAUCUGAAAGACUUCCACUACCAAAUUCUGAGUCAGGGAUCGGCACCUCUCUCUUAUAUCGCAAAGCACAUCGGGAAGUAUGUGCAAUGCGUGCUUCAGCCUUUGGGAGAUGGGUGCAAGUAUAUUUUGUCACCACCGAAAACCCACGAUCAACACGAAGAUCACGACGAUCAUCGAUAUGUUGCUGGCCGUUUGGCUAAGCCUUCGAUGCCGCAACUCAAGCGUCGACACUACGUUUAAAUGCCCUAAAUACAGCCAGUUGUAUGGUUGCUUUCCUGGCGAAUUAUUGAGGUCGGGUCUUUGCAUCCUUUUGUUGCUCAGCCGGGGGUACAGGAGUACACGCAUAGGCUGGCAGGCACACGUAAAGUCCGCUUCAUAGAUCUAUAUUGUGUAUAAUUAUUUUGAUCGAUUCGCACAUGCUAACGUAAUGGAAAAUUUCCAAAUUAAACCGUGUAGAUAUAGUAUAAUAAACUUGUAAACUUUAAAUCAAGGGAUUAUAAGUGUUAUCUGUCUAA